GGGGGGGGGUGUCGGUCAUAGCGAACCGACCGUUGAGCGGAUCGCCAGUCUCCGUCCGUCGAACCCGCCGCAGCAUGAACACCGUCACGGACUUCUGAUCGGGACCGGUUUCUCUUGUUCGGAGAACCCCAGAGAACCGUCUCCUCCAGGCGCAGAACCAUUUCCGUCUAACCGUCAUCCAUGAGAUUCUUCAGGCUUACCUUCAAGUGCUUCGUCGACUGCUUUUGAAUCGUCUUUGUCAACGGCUCCUGACCGCGGGUUUGCUUUUGUGACAUUUUUUCUUCCUCCCAUCUCUUGGCCGAGCUGAGGGUCCCCCCCCCCCCCCGCCCCCACCCUCCCCCCAACAAACAAACGUGUGAUAAUCACACACAGAGAAAAGAAACUGCGAUUUUAUUUUAAAUUACACACGUAGAUAGAAAGGGCAGCUGGAGCUCCGGGCACCGGGUUCUAACCACACUGUGAGCCCGCCGGGGCGCGUCGUGAAGCCGGCGCAGCCUCCUCGAGCCGCCCGGGCUUCCACCGGCAGCAGCUGCUUUCUAUUUUAUUUUGAAAAGAUUACGUCAAGUCAACAGUCCGAUUCAUCGCCAGCUGCUGCUCAACAACAAUGUCGCCGGAGUUGGAAGAGAAUAACCAAGGUGAAAUCAGCCUCCCCAGCUGGAGGCAGGAAGCCUGUCGGAGGAGGAGGGCGGCGGGGGGGCGGCACGCCCCCUGGUGUCCGGCCCUGGAGCGGGCCCCGGGUGCGGCGAGGGCGGAGGGGCCGCCCCCCCGCUGACCCAGGACGGGGCCGCGGCGCUGCCGGUGGUGGAGAGGGAGACCUGGACCCGGCAGAUGGACUUCAUCAUGUCCUGCGUGGGCUUCGCCGUGGGGCUGGGCAACGUGUGGCGGUUCCCUUACCUCUGCUACAAGAACGGGGGAGGGGUUUUCCUGAUCCCCUACCUGCUGAUCGUGUUCAUUGGAGGCAUCCCAGUCUUCUUCCUGGAGAUCGCACUGGGGCAGUUUAUGAAGCAGGGAGGGGUCUCGGCCUGGAACAUCGUGCCCCUCUUCAAAGGUCUGGGCCUGGCCUCCAUGGUGAUCGUGUUUUUCUGUAACACCUACUACAUCAUGAUCCUCGUGUGGGGGCUCUACUUUCUCUUCCACUCCUUCACCAACCAGCUGCCCUGGGCCUCCUGCGGACACCCCUGGAACACCCCCAACUGCACGCAGGACUUCCGCCGCGCCUGCCACAACCGCAGCCUGGCCGCGUCGCCCUCCCCAGCCAACCUGCUGUCCUCCCCCCCCCCGCUGAACCUGUCGCUGCUCCAGCUGCUCCUCAACGGGAGCUGCUCGGAGGCCGAGGGCAUGCGCUCCCCGGUCAUCGAGUUCUGGGAACGUAAAGUGCUGCGUCUGUCCGGCGGGCUGCACGAGCCCGGAGACAUCAGCUACGAGCUGGUGCUGUGUCUCAUCGCCACCUGGAUCAUCGUCUACUUCUGCAUGUGGAAAGGAGUGAAGUCCACUGGCAAGGUGGUUUACUUCACGGCUCUGUUCCCCUACCUGGUCCUGGUGGUGCUGUUGGCCCACGGCGUCACGCUGCCCGGCGCUAUAGACGGGAUUGUUUACUACCUGAAACCCGACUGGUCCAAACUCUGGGAAGCACAGGUGUGGAUCGAUGCGGGCACUCAGAUCUUCUUCUCCUACGCCAUCGGACUGGGCGCCCUGACGGCGCUGGGGAGCUACAACCGCUUCCAUAACAACUGUUACCAGGACGCCUUCCUGCUCGCCAUGAUCAACAGCGGGACCAGCUUCUUCGCGGGCUUCGUGGUGUUUUCUGUGCUGGGCUUCAUGGCGGCGGAGCAAGGCGUUGACAUCAGCAAGGUGGCGGAGAGCGGCCCGGGCCUGGCCUUCAUCGCCUACCCGAAGGCCGUGACGCUGAUGCCUCUGGCGCCGCUGUGGGCGGCUCUCUUCUUCUUCAUGCUGCUCAUUCUGGGCCUGGACAGCCAGUUCGUGGGCGUCGAGGGUCUGAUAACAGGAAUCAUGGACAUGCUGCCGCCCAAGUCCGCCCUGGGCUCCCUGCGGCGGGAGGUGGUGGCGGCCAUCUGCUGCUUCCUCUGCUUCCUGAUCGACAUGUCCAUGGUCACCGAGGGGGGGAUGUAUGUCUUCCAGCUGUUUGACUACUACUCUGCCAGCGGCAUCACUCUGCUGUGGCAGGCCUUCUGGGAGUGUGUGGUGAUUGCAUGGGUCUAUGGCGCAGACCGCUUCAUGGACGACGUGGCCCGCAUGAUCGGCUACCAGCCUUUACCCUACAUGAAGUGGUGCUGGUCCUACAUCACGCCGUCCGUCUGCGUGGCCGUGUUCCUGUUCCACGUGGUGAACUACAAGCCGCUGACCUACAACACGACGUACACGUACCCGCUGUGGGGCGAGGCGCUGGGCUGGGCCCUGGCGCUGUCCUCCAUGCUCUGCAUCCCCGUCACCGUGCUCUACAAGCUGCUGCGCUGCAAAGGAUCUCUGCGAGAGCGGUGGCAGCACCUGACCACCCCGGUGUGGGGAAGGCACCACCUGGAGUACCUGGCGCCGGAGAGCGGAGCCAAGCUGCUGCCGCCGGACGGGACCAAGAGCACGCUGUUUGAAAGUGUCAUCUGACGAGCCCCCGCCCCCCCCCCCGCAACCUCGGCACACCUUACACAAAGUACAUGCACAUAGGCGCACACCAAUCACACCACACACACACCUUUUUGUGUUUUAAAGCCCUCGGAUGAACGGACCAAAGAUUAGAUGGGAGAAGAGCUGAAAGACGGCCACACAAUCGCAUCACACCACCACCUGCUUUGUCCAACUCUACCUCGCCGUCCCCCCCCUUGCCGCUCCCCCCCAGCCUCUGUGACGUCCUGUCUCGUUUUGUGAGUUGCGUAGUGGCGAUGUCUUUCCCAUGGCCGCCCGUCAGGCGCUCAUCCGUCCCGACGCGCUGAAUGAGCAAAGAGAUUGAAUGAUGAAUGUCUGCUGCUGAGGUCUCACAGUGUGAAUGUGUGUGUGUAUGUGUGUGUGCGUGUGCGUGCGUGCGUGUUGGACCAGGGAAGUGUCGUCUUCAUCAACAUGUGACAUCUGUAAUCUCUGAAUUCCACCUUCCAUUUGUUAAAAAACAACAAAACCACUAAUAAUGAAAAAGAGACAAAGCCUCGCCGCUUCCAUCUGUGUGUUAUGAAGUAACUUAAGUAUUCAGUGUAUCGUAGGGUCUGUGAAUCAGUGUUAACAAUAAAUCAGAGGGGGAUGAUGAUCAGUAUUUCCACCUGAGGAGAAGGAGAGAGAUGUGAGAUUGGAGAAAAGCAGGAAUGUGAAUGUGGGGAAGGGAAAAGGAGACGUGAUGCAAUAAAAUGACCAGAUAAAGAUGGA